AUGCCACCACGGCUGUUCGAGCGACUUUCGGCUGCCUUUUGGGGCUACCUCUCUCCACGGCAACCUGCCCCGAAGAGAAAGACAGUCACCCGUGAUGCUCGACCUCCACGCGUCUCUCCAACCAAGUUCGUCACUCCUGAGCGCCCUGGCAGUGGUUACUUGCCACUCACACCUGCCGAUACACACGCUGGCUCCAAGAGAAAGAGGGAUAUUGAGGUCGAGCACUACCGAAAGAGAAGCAAACAUGAGGAAUCGCAAGCCGAGGACGAUGCCGAAGAAGUCCGCCUCGAAGACCUGAAGCUGGAGCACGUGGAACAACCGACAGAACAGUAUGAUCCUGGUGAUUUGUUUUCUGAGGAUGAUGAAGAUGAGGAAAGUGGUGCACACUACGACUUCGAUGUCUACAAUCCUACCCUCAACCCGUCAAAGCAACCAGCGCAAGUAUUUGAGGCAUAUGGUGAUGAAUACGAUGGCAUCAAAUACGACUACAACAUCUACAACCCUACAAUCCGCUCGGACAGGCCUAUCUCAAGACAACCGACCCUCCUUGAGAGCGCCCUUCCUCGAGACGUUCCCCGCAUCAUUAUUGACAGCACAGAGGGAGACACCGACGACGACAGCGAUGUGAUCAACGUCCUCCCUAGACCAGCAUCUCCUGUAUACGACAAUGGAGACGAAGACCUUAUCGUCUUUGCCGACACAGAUGCCAGUGACAACGACGCUCUGGAUGUUGACCACGCCCAAGACGACAACUCCUCACUGCUCGUAACGUCCUUCAAAGAACCCUCUCUCUUUGGCUCUUUCUUCGAAGAAGCUCAAGAUGGCGAAGAUACAAUCCUGCUUGACUCACGUGCUCGCGUCGGUAGUCUCGAAGAUAAUCGCGUGUCAAAGGAUCAACUUCUCGCCCGCGGCUGGCCUCAAAACACCAUCUGGCUCAUCCAACGCAUACACAAUCGCGGUCGUGAACCCCUUUUUGCUUUCCACUGGCGCAUGGAUUUCCCGAUGAUGCCUGAAGGCAUGUUUUUACCCAAGCGCCACGAACACCCAGGUUACAUCAACACAUUACGCAGCAAAGAUUUCCGCGCCAAACAUGCCUUCGAACGACUCAUGCAACUCGGUCCGAAAGUCAGAGACAAGAUCACCGUCGGUCUUGCACCGGAAAAACUCAUCGUGGACGAACUGCACAGAUACAUGCACUGGGCAGACUGGGACAGCAGAAACCAAUUCCCCUCUUACCCAUUCAUUGAAAUCCACACUGGCACCAGAGAUGAGGACGUCAAUGCCAUGCAAGACACUUUGCUGCUUCGUCUUUCAACCUUGCAUAAACAUUGGUUGGCUCCUUCUGAUCAAGCCCCUAAACGCCCUGCGCCUUUUAUUGGGUCGACUUCUGUGGAUAGGACGCAGCCCCCGCCGUUAUAUGGUAUCCUGGUUUCGCAUACUCUUCUCGGUAUCGUUGCUUUUGUGCCUGGUGCUGAAGAUAGCGAUUCGAUCGGCUAUUUGCGCACGGUGGGUGUCUUUGACUUCAAUGUCAUGGGCUACGAUGUGUGGACGAGUCUGGCGCUGGCUUUACUGGUCGUUCAUGUCAGAAACGAGGGUGUGGACAGAGGAUGUUCGGGGCGGAGACAAGGCAUGAGGGAUCGUUGGGCGAGAGUUAGUGCCAUCAGGGAUCCUGACAGGUAA